AUGUCGACCGCCGCCGCCAGCGCCACUUCCAGCUCCGCCGCCGACGCCAAUGCCAACUCCCACUCCCACACCUAUCCCAAAACCGCCACCAGCCCCGUGCCCUCCCCCAAGGCCUCCUCCACCGCCUCCGCCACCUCCAAGGCCUCCUCCACCAGCUGCGCCGCCGCCUACGCCACCACCGGCUCCGAACCCUCCUCCAUGGCCAGACCCACCGCCGAGUCCACCACCACCUCCACCUCCACCGCCGAAGCCUCCGCCUCCUCCCACGCCACCUGCACCACCGCUGCCGACUCCGCCUCCUGCGCCGAACCCACCGCCAUGACCGCUUCCACCACCAGUGCCGCCCCCGCCGCCACCACCGAAACCUCCACCGCCUCCAACUCCACCAGCGGAACCGCCGCCUACACCACCACCGGCCCCGAACCCGCCACCAUGACCGCUUCCACCUCCAAGACCACCACCGCCUUCUCCACCUCCACCGCCGAAGCCUCCGCCUCCUCCCACGCCACCUGCACCACCGCUGCCGACUCCGCCUCCUGCGCCGAACCCUCCUCCGUGACCGCUUCCACCACCAAUGCCGCCUCCGCCUCCGCCGCCACCACCGAAACCUCCACCGCCUCCAACUCCACCAGCGGAACCGCCGCCUACACCACCACCAGCUCCGAACCCUCCACCAUGACCACUUCCACCUCCAAGACCGCCACCGCCGCCUCCACCUCCGCCAAAUCCUCCACCACCUCCGACACCUCCUGCAGAACCACCUCCUACGCCUCCGCCGGCUCCAAACCCUCCCCCGGAUCCACUUCCACCGCCUACACCCCCGCCACCUCCACCCCCGAAUCCUCCACCACCUCCAACACCACCACCAGCGCCGCCACCAGCACCACCUCCGGCUCCAAAUCCUCCACCAUGACCUUCGCCGCCACCAACCCCGCCACCUCCUCCUCCGCCGAACCCGCCGCCGCCGCCUAG